GAGGAAUGCGGGCGCACGGCGCCGGACUGGCAGGCAGCUCCACCUGCCGCCCCGGUGCAGGAUCCACUGGGUGAAGCCAGCGGGGCUCCUGAGUCUGGUGGGGACUUGCAGAACCUUUAUGUCUAGCUAAGGGAUUGUAAAUGCACCAAUUGGCACUCUGUAUCUAGCUCAAGGUUUGUAAACACACCAAUCAGCACCCUGUGUCUAGCUCAGGGUUUGUGAAUGCACCAAUUGACACUCUGUAUCUAGCUAAUCUGGUCGGGACGUCGACAACCUUUGUGCCUAGCUCAGGGAUUGUAAACGCACCAAUCAGGCCAGAUAAGAGAAUAAAAGCAGGCUGCCCCAGCCAGCAGCGGCAACCCACUCGGGUCCCCUGCCACACUGUGGAAGCUUUGUUCUUUCGCUCUUUGCAAUAAAUCUUGCUGCUGCUCACUCUUUGGGUCCACACUGCCUUAAGAGCUGUAACACUCACCGCGAAGUUCCACAGCUUCACUCCUGAGCCAGCGAGACCAUGAACCUACCAGAAGGAAGAAACUCUGAACACAUCUGAACAUCAGAAGGAACAAACUCCGGACACGCCGCCUUUAAGAACUGUAACACUCACCGCGAGGGUCCGCGGCUUCAUUCUUGAAGUCAGUGAGACCAAGAACCCACCAAUUCCGGACACACCAGGGCUCCCAAAGGAAACAUCUUUCUCUGCGGUUGGAUUCUCCCCAGACCGGGUCGCAGGGCAUACCCCAGCUCCACUCUCAGCCUUCAAGGAAAAUGGUCACGACGAGGAGGAGGAUGGGGCCAAGAAGUUCUAUUCUCUGGCACCCCCAUCCCUCCUUCCGAGUGGAGUGAGGCGAGCGAGGCCACAGCUGAGCAGCCGAAUGACUGGGACCCAGAGGAUGCUGAUGCCAGGGACUCAGGCCAGGAUUGAGCAAGAGAACAGACUGGGCUUCUCUAGGAUCAGAGUUGAGGAGAUGGGAUGUCCCAGAUGAUAGGGCUCCUGGGAUUUCAGACCCAAGACCAGCAGGACUCCAGUCACCUCUACCCCAGCUCUCCAGGACACAGCGCUCCCAACUCUGAGUGACGUCCCACCUCUGGUCCUUGCUGCACAACCAACGUGGGAAUCACACCCUCCAGACCUCCCACAGCUCCACCCCAGACUGGGCGCCGGCCCUGCCUCCAUUUCAGCUGUGACAACCUCAGAGCCGUGUUGGCUCAAGCAUGACAAGGACGUAUGAAAACUUCCAGUACUUGGAGAAUGAGAUGAAAGUCCAGGGGUUUAAAAAUGGGCCACCUCCUCUCCAGUCCCUCCUGCAGCGUCUCCGCUCUGGGCCCUGCCAUCUCCUGCUGUCCCUGGGCCUCGGCCUCCUGCUGCUGGUCAUCAUCUGUGUGGUUGGAUUCCAAAAUUCCAAAUUUCAGAGGGACCUGGUGACCCUGAGAACAGAUUUUAGCAACUUCACCUCAAACACUGUGGCGGAGGUCCAGGCACUGACUUCCCAGGGCAGCAGCUUGGAAGAAACGAUAGCAUCUCUGAAAGCUGAGGUGGAGGGUCUCAAGCAGGAACGGCAGGCAGUUCAUUCUGAAAUGCUCCUGAGAGUCCAGCAGCUGGUGCAAGACCUGAAGAAACUGACCUGCCAGGUGGCUACUCUCAACAACAAUGCCUCCACUGAUGGGACCUGCUGCCCCGUCAACUGGGUGGAGCACCAAGACAGCUGCUACUGGUUCUCUCGUGCUGGGAUGUCCUGGGCCGAGGCUGAGAAGUACUGCCAGCUGAAGAACGCACACCUGGUGGUCAUCAACUCCAGGGAGGAGCAGAAUUUUGUCCAGAAAUAUCUAGGCUCCGCAUACACCUGGAUGGGCCUCAGUGACCCUGAAGGAGCCUGGAAGUGGGUGGAUGGAACAGACUAUGCGACCGGCUUCCAGAACUGGAAGCCAGGCCAGCCAGACGACUGGCAGGGGCACGGGCUGGGUGGAGGCGAGGACUGUGCUCACUUCCAUCCAGACGGCAGGUGGAAUGACGACGUCUGCCAGAGGCCCUACCACUGGGUCUGCGAGGCUGGCCUGGGUCAGACCAGCCAGGAGAGUCACUGAGCUGCCUUUGGUGGGACCACCCAGCCACAGAAAUGGCGGUGGGGAGGAGGACUCUUCUCACGACCUCCUCGCAAGACCGCUCUGGGAGACAAAUAAGCACUGGGAGAUUGGAAGCACUGCUAACAUUUUGAAAUUUUUUCUCCUUAAUUUUAAAAAGAUGUUAUAGUGUUCUUAAGCUUUUAUUUUUUUUCCAACUUUUGGAAGUCAACUUCAUGAAGGUAUAAUUUUUACAUAAUAAAAAUGCACUCAUUUAAAGAGUAGAGAUGACUUUGACAAAUAUGCAUGCCUAGGUGACUACCACUCCGAUCACAGUAGAUAACAUUGCCAUCACCCCCACCAGUCCCCUCAUGCCUCUGGGCAGUCCAACCACUUCCCUGUUUCCAGGCCAGUGAUCUACUUUUUUUUCACUAUUUAUUGGCCUUGCCUCUUCUAGAGCUUCCAGAACUUCAUAUAAGUGAAAUCAUACACUCUCGUGUAUAUACUUCAUAUAAGUGAAUAUAUACUCUCGUGAGAACUUA